UCUCGCUCUGCGCCGAGCUCCCCACGGUCCACGUCCGACUUCUCCUGUAUUCGCAUGUUCGGCCCACAAGCCUCCAUAGUCAUCACCGGAGUUCGAGGAACUGGCAAGACCACCCUGGCCAUCAUCGCCUCCAGUGCCAUGAAGCGAAAGGUUAUGGAUGCUGAACGGGCGUUCCACGAGGUCACUGGCCUCUCGAGUCAGGCAUACAAGAAGCAACAUGGCUUGGUUGAUUACCACAGCCGACAGACUGAGGUCUUGAAGGAUCUAUUCCGUCGCUGCCAGAACAACACCAUUAUAGUAUGCUCAUGGAUGGAGCGUAACGUGCAGUCCGUACUCCGGGACUACAGCAGCAGGAUGCCUGUGGUCUAUAUCGUCCGAGACUCCAAAGCCAUUCAGGAACAUCUCAAGGUACCUGAUGAUGCAAGACUGAAGGAUCUCUUGGAUGCCAGUGGCCUUGUGCUUCGGAAGUGCAGCCACUUUGAAUUCUUCAACGUGUCCGAGGACCUGCUGAAGAAGAACAAGGCCGACUCGCUGGAUGGACUCAUCACGGAACUCGACGAGAGAUCACCUGCACCCUAUCUAACACUGAAGAGAGCUGAGAGGCACUUUUUCAAGUUCUUGUCGCUCAUCUUGCCUAAAGGAACGAUACCUUUCAUCGAGUCCGCGUUUCCCCUCGCAUCCAUACCAGCCGAGGACAGGCGUUUUACGUAUGCUGUCUCGAUCCCCUUGUCGAUCCUGCUUGCGAAACACGUCGACAUUGAAGAUAUCGAGACGGGCGCAGACGCCAUCGAGAUUGUGGUGGACGACCUGGUGAAUCCCGCUUUCAGGCCGAAUGGAAGGCACAUCACUCCCGAACACGCAGGUGAGAUCAGUCGGGCCUUGUCCGACAUCAGGCGGAAUACAGUUAUCCCCAUCCUCUACCAUGUUGUGUUUCCCGGGUCGGCAUUGCGAGACGAUGCGUGGAAAUCUCUGUAUCUGGACUACCUACAGCAUGGCUUACGCCUGGCCGCCGAGUAUAUAACCGUCGAUUUGAGAUUGGAGGACACCUACGUUUCCCAUUUACGCAUGACAGCGGGACGGACCAAGCUUGUCGGGAAUCUCCAGAUACCCAAAGCGCCCGCACCAUCGUGGAGGGAUCCUUCAUGGAUGACAUAUUACCAGAGGGCCAGGAGCCUUGGGUGCGACAUGGUUCGCUUCACUCGUGUCGCUGAGCACUAUCCAGAUAACUUUGAUGUCAGCUACCUGCAAGCCAAGAUUGAUGAUCUUGGGGAACCCAGACUGCCCGUUAUCGCAUACAACACGGGCAGGAAGGGGAGGAAUUCGGCUUGUUGCAACCAGGUGCUGACCUCGGUCCUGCCAGCUGGAUCGACGGCGGCGAAGACGGGCUACGACAUCGAUAGCUAUUAUCCCCAGCCUUGCGUGACAGCCCUCGACUUGACAAAGGGCCUCUACUCGUCAUUCGUAUAUGACGCCAUGAAGCUCUACGUUAUCGGCGGCGACGUUUCUGCCAGUCUGUCACCCGCAAUGCACAACGCUGCACUUGCCGCGUGCGGCAUUCCUCACCACUACCAGCCUCAUUGUACUACAUCUAUCCGGAGCUUACACGAUCUCGUCAUGGACCCGCAAUUCGCUGGUGCCUCCAUAGGCCUUCCGUUUAAGGUGGAAAUCAUUAGCAUUACUCAUUCGUUGAGCAAGCAUGCGAGAGCGAUUGGUGCUGUCAAUACCCUGAUACCUAUUCGAUCACUGGAUGAUGACGGAACGGUUCCAGAGGAUGCUCGACUCUUUCACUGCCGCAACCGUUCUGGACCUAUCAAGGCGCUCUAUGGGGAGAACACGGACUGGAUCGGUAUCAGGGCGUGCAUUCGACGAGGUCUGUCGCCGGCCAACGCAGUGCGGUCCAACAGCUGUGGACUGGUCAUCGGCGCAGGUGGGAUGGCAAGAGCUGCGGUGUACUCUAUGCUGCAGCUGGGUGUCAAGAACAUCUGCGUGUUCAAUCGCACCUAUGCAAAUGCCGAAAAGCUCGUUGCUCAUUUCACGAGACUCCUGGCGAGAGACGAUCUCCCUCUCUUUGGCCCCAAGUCCGACGUUGAAACCCGCUUUCAUAUCCUGCGCACAAGGGACGACCCGUGGCCAGAGGGCUGGCGACAACCAACAAUGAUUGUCUCUUGCAUCCCUGGAGGCAACCCUGGCGCAGACUUUUCGUUGCCCCCACAAUGGCUGGAGAGUCCGACUGGCGGUGUGGUGGUCGAAUUUGUGUACAAGACGUUGUACACCCCAAUUCUGAGCCAGAGCCAUCGAGAAGCUCAUCGGGGCUGGGUCACAAUGGAUGGUCUCGACAUUCUGCCAGAGCAAGGAUUUGCGCAAUUUGAGCUGUUCACUGGCCGCCGGGCACCUCGGAGGUUCAUGAGGCGGGAGGUUUUCAGAGCCUACACGGACGAAAAGGGUCGAUCUAAUUUGGCGCAUCUACGACCAAGACUUGAUAACAUAGUGGAGCAUGAACCUUAAGCCAGUGAGUGUAAAGUGCGCAAGGGCGGAUGCUGAACUUUGGUCGAGUCCAGACCGUACGCUGCCUUACAGCCGAGGCUGGAUGGACCGCAGCGGCCAGGGUAGUUGACCCACGAGUUCCCAGGCGCACCCUGCCCAGCAGCUACGCAUAAUUACACAAACAAAACACCUGG